CCAACCCAACCAUUUAAAGUACCUUUUUUCCUUCAUCAUUUUAGUCUCUCUCUACUACUUCUAACAGCUAUAGUAGUAGUAGUCUUCUAAGUGUAUCAUAGUACAAAUCAAUGGCUGAUAAAGCAGCAGCUUUGGCUCUGGCUCUCCCUCUUUUGCUCCUCCUUUUGUCAUUCACUUCAAAAACUCUGCUAGUGGUUCAUGGGCAGCAGCAGCAGCAGAAAACUUGGUGUGUGGCAAAGGCAUCGUCAGAAGCAGCAGUGCUUCUGGCAAACAUAGACUACGCUUGCUCCCAAUCCGGAGUGGACUGCAGUAUCAUGGAGAAGGGGUGCCCUUGUUCCUCGCCAGACACCCUCAUAAACCGUGCAUCCAUAGCCAUGAAUCUCUACUACCAAGCCAACGGAAGGAACCACUGGAAUUGCCAUUUCAGAAACUCUGCUCUUGUCGUCAUAACCGACCCAAGUUAUGGCAAGUGCAUUUACGCUUGAUACAUCCAAAGUUUCCCAGAAAGUUAGAAACAUUUUGCUUUGGGAAAAAAACACAAACUACUUGCAUUGCUAUCAAGAUUUUGUUUUGCUGAUCAAUUUUGUAAUGUACGAACUUUGAAGUGUCAAUUUACUGGCACUCUACUUAUUUCCUGCUAAAGUCCAAGACUUGCAUGCGAUUUCGUGGAUCAUGUGAUGAUUUUUGUUUUUCUUUCAAAUUUAUGGAUGUAGUGUUCUCAUUCA